AUGUACAUCAAGUCAAUUGUUUUGGACGGAUUUAAAUCGUAUGGAAAUAGAGUUGAGGUGACCGGUUUCGACCCAGAAUUUAAUGCUAUCACUGGCCUGAAUGGCACUGGGAAAUCUAAUAUUCUAGAUUCUAUAUGCUUUGUACUAGGGAUCACAAACCUUUCUAAUGUGAGGGCAGGUAGCCUACAGGAGCUCAUUUACAAGCAUGGCCAGGCAGGCAUAACCAAGGCCACAGUCAGCAUCACCUUUGACAACCGUGAUAAACGCCAGUGUCCCAUUGGCUAUGAAAAUCAUGAUGAGAUCACUGUUACAAGACAGGUUGUAAUGGGUGGGAAAAACAAAUACCUUAUAAAUGGAAUCAAUGUGCAGAACAAGAGGGUCAGUGAUUUAUUUUGUUCAGUACAACUCAACGUGAACAAUCCACACUUCCUUAUAAUGCAGGGGCGGAUAACUAAAGUGCUAAAUAUGAAGCCCCCUGAAAUUCUUUCCAUGGUGGAGGAAGCAGCUGGUACUAGGAUGUAUGAAGCAAAGAAGCAAGCAGCGCAGAAAACUAUAGAGAAAAAAGAUGCCAAACUCAGAGAAUUAAAUGAUAUCAUUAAAGAAGAUAUUGCACCCAAGCUACAGAAGUUGCAAGAUGAGAGGUCACAAUUUCAGGAAUACCAGAAAGUUGUGAGGGAGUUGGAGAACCUCACCAGACUUUAUGUGGCUUGGAAAUAUGUGACUGCAGAGAAAAGUGCAAAAGAAGCAGAAGCUAAAGUGACUCAAGUGCAAGAUGAAAUCAAGGAAAAGAAAGAGAAUAUUAAGAAAAAUGAGAAAGAGGCAAAAGAUUUAGACAAACAAGUUGCUGAAUUAAACAAAAAGCUGGAUGAGGAGAGCGGGUGCGCGCUGCAGCGGCUGGAGGGGGAGAGCGCGGGCGCCGAGCGCGAUGAAGCGGCGCUGGCCAGCGCGGCACGCGCCGCCGCCGACCUACUGGCCGCCAGCCAGGCGCGCGCCCGCCUACUGCAGCGCGCGUUGCAGGAUGACAGCGCAGCGCUGCACGCUAAGUCGCGCGAGCUGCACCAGGUGUCAUCAACAUUUGAGAGCUUAAAAUCAGCCAGUGAAACAAGUGAAGCGGCUUUGGCAGAGGCACAACAGAAGUUCCUCGCAGUCAGCACAGGGUUGGAAGGAGCUUCAGAAUCUUUGCAAGAUCAACUCAUGGCUGCUAAGCAAGAAGCCUCCGAAGCAUCAACACGUAUUUCACAGAGUACGAUGGAGAAAAAACAUGCAGAGGAUAGGCUAAAGACAUUGGAACGGGAGUUCAAAUCAAGUAGCUCACAGUACCAGCGUGACCAGGAUAGCAUUGCUAAACACCAAGCACAAGUUGACCAGCUUCAGGCAGAACUAUCGCGGAUGAACUUCAAUGAGGAACGAAGGUCGCAGCUGAAGGAGUCCGUGCGCUCGCUGCAGUCCAGUGUGCGGGCCAAACGGGACGCUGCGGACACACUGGCGGCGCGCUUGCAGCGCUGCGACUUCCGCUACCAGCCGCCGCAGCCCGACUUUGAUCACAGCCGCGUGGCUGGUGGGUAG